AUGAGCAACCCAGUGUGGAAUGUGGAGAGCGCGGACGACGAUUCAACAACUGCCCCUCGCCAAUCCAGGGCUUCCACCCAGGCGGCAGCACUCCAAGCACUCCUUGGCCCUCUUCUCCAACGCCAGGGGGCUGCUGGUCUCCGUGGACUGACUAUUGAAGAUCUCAACCGACUACUCACUGGAGAAGCUCAACUUGAAGUCGAUGGAGACGACGAUGACGAUGACGAGGAAGAUGACCAGCAUUAUCAACGAGCCAUGCAUGCGCAGAGCCACCGGGCCUACUUCAAAGAGGUCAAAGACCCCCAGGAAGCCGGCGUAAACCUUAUCCAUAGUGGUGAUUUCGGGAGGGUAGGGCCGAAGAUUAGGGCUCGCGACCACAACUUCAACAUCGCAAGGACAAUUCGGGCUCGAGCAUCGCAAGCAAGGCCACGGUUCUACAGGGAGGACUAUACUACAGGUUUGGUCCCAAAUAGCAGUGGGACAACAGUCGCUGAAUUCGAUGCCAACGUCUACACUGCCCAAUACUCCGCCGACUCUUCUUUCUUCUACACCUGCUCCCAAGACUUCCGAUUGAACAUAUUUGACACCACCGUUCCGGUCCAGCGUCGAGAGGCUGGCAAGAAAUAUACUGAGCCUUCACAACACCUCAAAACCAAUAUGGCGCUCAAGAACUCCAUUCAAGCCUACCCAGGACGAUGGACGAUUACUGACGCCAAUCUCUCGCGCGACAAUGAGCGCAUGGUUUAUGCCUCAAUGUCAUCAACAUGUUAUAUGACGAGCACGACUGACCCUGCACCCACACAAAUUCCCAUACCGUUCGCCGAUCCACCCGGUACCCAUCGACCGCGCCAACAUAACUUCUGGGGUUUUGAUGCUGGAGCCUACCGAAUAUAUAGCUGUCGGUUCUCAGCGGAUGGCCAGGAAAUCAUCGCUGGAGGAAAUGGUCAAAUAUUUGUCUACGACCUCCUCGCCAACCGGCGCGCCGUUAAAAUUGAAGCCCAUACGGACGACGUCAACAGUUGUUGUUGGGCUGACACUGCUUCUGGUAACGUGCUGGUCAGUGCAUCGGAUGACUCGUUCCUGAAAGUUUGGGAUCGACGGUCACUUGGUGCUUCACAAACACCUUCAGGCGUGCUGAUGGGUCAUACUGAGGGUAUCACCUAUGUCUCAGCCAAAGGCGACGGGCGAUAUGUGAUUAGUAACGGCAAGGACCAGAAGCUGCGGUUGUGGGACUUGCGCAAGAUGCGGACAAACGCCGAGUUUGAAGAAGAGAAGGACCACUUCUAUGGCACCAACUACGACUACCGUUACCCGCAUUACCCUAAAACCGAAAUUUGCUGCACAUCCCAAGGACUGCAGCGUCAUGACCUACCACGUCCUGCUGAGACAACUGGCGGGCAGUACAUCUAUUCUGGCUCUGCAGACGGCAAGGUCCAUAUCUGGUCGCUUGACGGACGGGUGGUACAAGUACUUGACCGAACUCAGACAUUCGCGAUGUCGUUUGACCCCUCCGAGCCGGAGCCUGCGGAAAAGGCUGCGAUGGACUUUGAGGCGUGUGUCCGUGAUGUCAGCUGGCAUUCACAAGAACCUGUGUUGAUGAGUGCCGCGUGGGAAGGUGGCCGGGGAGGGAGUCGCGUUGCGCGUCACGAAUGGAAGGGGCUUUCGAAGAUGGGUGGAAAGUUGGAGGACUGGGUUGAGAGAGAGCGGACUGGGCUGGCUGAGGCUAAUGCGAGUGGAUCGCGGAGGUCAACACGGCUGGCGCAACGCCGAAUGCCUGGCACAUUCACUGAGAGCGAGGGGGACAUGGACUCGGAGGAUGAUGAAGAAGAGGAUGUGUUGAUGUCUGACGACGAUGAAGACUGGGAGCCGUGA